AUGCAGGCGUUGAAGCUCAAAAUCAACAAAAUAAGGGCUCGCGCAUCCUCGCCCCCACCCAGCCCGGCGCCGGUGGUCCCCGCGGCAGCACCGAAGGUGCGGCCGAGCAAGUUUGAUGGACCGGUGUUCGCUGCGCUGCUGGAAGACCUGAGAAACGAAAACGGAGCAGGCAAGAGCGAAAGCGAAAGCGAAGGCGAGAAAAGAGCGAAGAAGAGCGAAGACGACGGAGCAGGUCUGGAGCGGAGCGGGGAGGACGCGGGCACGGGAGCGGGAGCCGGACGACGCCAGCGCUGGGCGAGGCCUGCUGGGGAGGAGGAGGCGAAGAGAAAAGCGGAGAGAGACGAGAAGAAGACGCGACGGCGAAGCCUAGGCGUGUUCUUGGAGUCGGGCAGGCGCAGCGGCGAGAACGAUCUGCGCUCGCUGCUGGCCGGGCUCGGCAGCCCACGCACACCAAAGGCCGACGUAUCCAAGGAGAAGGCCAAGUCGCGCAGGAACGAAGAGCGACGAAGAGCGAAGGAAGGCGAAAAAGAACGAGCCAAGGUGGAAAAAGAGAAAGAGAAGACGAAAGCAAAGGACAAGGGCAAUAGCAGGGAGAAGGGCAAAGAAAAGGAGACGGAGGAGGCAGCAGCUGCAGAAAGCGAAAGGCCGAUCAAUCGAACGCGUCGAAGGAGUGCGAGCAUGGAUCGGCUGGGCUUGUCGCAUCGCAGCUCCGUCUCACCCUUGGGCAAGGGCGCCAAGUCGGACAGCGAAGACGAUCGGGCCAAGCGGCAGCGGAACAUGGCGGGGAACGAGAGCCCGAACGUCAUUCGACGGGAGGAGGAGGCGGCGGAUGUCAUCAAGAAGCCGAAGGGGCUGUCCGCCGACAGUUGGCGCGAGUCGGGCGCCGCGAGCGGCGAGACGGCCAGUCGGCAGGUGUCGCGGAGUCAAAGGAAGAACAGAAACAUCAACAGCGACCACGCCGAGGAGCAAGCCUGGGAAUGCCUUGAUCUCUCCAAGCGGUAUCUUGAUCACUGGGCUGUGGAGGAGCUGUGCCAAGUGUUGAUGACCAACACCCGAAUCAAGCGACUCCGUUUGUCGAAGAACAGGAUCGGCGAUGAGGGCCUGGACCACCUCAGCGCCAUGCUGAGCCGCAACACCACGCUCACCACCCUCGACCUGCGAUUCAACAACCUGACGUCGGAGGGAGUGGGCCGGCUCUUGUCGAGCAUCGAGCGAUCGAACGUGACCUUGACCACGCUGCUCGUGAAGGAGAAGGAGGACGAAGAGAGCGAGCAAGAGGGCGUGGCUGCAGUGGGACCCGCCACCGCGUAUCGCAAGCGUCUCCAGAGAGUGGUCAAGUCCAACCGCAGCUUUCAGAAGGUGUUGAGCGGAUCUGCGUGCAAGCUCCGGGAGCUAGACUACUCGGGCAAUGCGCUCGAAACGGUGCCGUCGCAGAUCGGUCAGCUGCGGCGAUUGUGCGUGCUCAACCUCUCAGAGAAUCGGCUGCAAUCGCUGCCACCGUCGCUCGUCGAUUGCACGUCGCUGGUGCACCUCCACCUGGCGAACAACCUCCUCACCGAGGACGUCUCCAACAACCAAAUCGCGUCACUGCCGCGACAUGAACUCCUGAGCAUGACAGGGCUGCGCUCCGGCUCGAGCCUGCUCCGCUACUUGCGGGAGCAGAGCGCGUUGGCCGACUUCAGCACGCAGGCCGUGUCGACACUCAACCUCAUCGUGUUGGGCAACGAACGGUCGGGCAAGACGACGCUCAUUCACCACUUGAUGGACGUCAACAAGCAGCAGCGGGUCAUGCGACAUCGGUCGCUGGGCAAGGACCCAGUCGAAGCUCUGCAGACUCUGUCUCCCUUUCUCGAUAUUCAGGAUUGGGAAGUGAAGAAGGCAAAGAGCGAAACGGCGGUUCGCUUUCGCGUUUGGGAUUUUGUCGACUAUGACACAUACUACCCGGCACACAAGUGUUUCCUGGCCAAGCGGAGCAUUAUCAUUGUUCUCUUCGACCUUUCCCUUCCGUCGCGAGCUUCACAACUCGAAUACUGGCUGCAGUCCAUACACGAAAGCAAGGCUGAGGGCACUCCGGUGAUCAUCGUGGGCCGAUGGGGCGACGCCCCGGCUGGCACCGGUUACCGGGGCACAUCGCAGGCAUCGCAGGCUGCAGAAGCGGCACACAAGCUGGUGCCCAAGUUCAAGUCCCGCUUUCCGCACAUCGUCACCCAUCUCAUCACCAGCAGCAAAGGCAAAUCAGUAGCCCGGCUGCGGGACAAACUGUUGGAGCUGGCGUUUUCGCUGCCCUUUAUUCCCGACUCCAUCCCGUCAUCGCACGUGCGCCUCCAGCUGAAGAUCGAGAAGCAGUCCCGCUUCAAGCCCUUCUUGAGUCUCGAUGAGUUCAAGGGAUUGGCGCGGCAGUGCGGCGUCGCCACGGACACCUCGCUGGAAGUGGCCGUACAGUGGUUGAAGGAGAUGGGCUCGAUCAUCUACGUCGGCAACCACCGCGGCAGCGGCUCCAGCCGCUCCAAGAGGCGCGUGGCCCCUGUCGCCGCCGCUGCCGCCAACAUCAGCUCACCACCGUCGCAAAUCUCGUCGUGGCCCUCGACCUCAUCGUCGUCAUCAUCGUCAUCACCCUCCUACUCGUCGUCAUCGACCACCACCUCCUACACCACCGACGACCCGUCGGCGCCGGCGCCGGCAUCGGCUCGCGCCAGGCGGAGUCCCCUCCCGCGCCUGAUAUCAGGCGAGGAGGAGACCCGGCUACUCAACGACUUCAUCAUCGUCUCGCCUAAGUGGGUGCUCGAGGCCAUCGGCGCUAUCACGUCGGCGCGGCACACCUACCUGUCGUGCCGGGGCGAGGUGACCUUCGCCACGCUCAGCCAAAAGAUAUGGAGCGCUGCCGCAACGUUUCCGGUCCAGUCGCACUUCCCGCUCGCCCGCGUGCUGCACGAGUACGGCGUGCUACGGCUCAUCGACGCCACGACCGACGCCGCGAGCGGGGCCAACACUACUGCGUCUGCGGCGGCGGCAGAGAUCGUCGACGGUGGACAGGUGGAGGCGGGUGGGAUGAAGGUCGGCCUGACGCUACAGGCUACUACUUCUACCCAUGUGGCCCAGCCGAUGAGGAAUUUGGGCACCCUGGUGGUCAAGUGCUGGUGGAUGGAGGAGUUCGAACACGCCAGCGACAUUCGACGCUUAAAGAAGGCGACCACGGUCAAACGCGUGCUCGAGAUUCUGCAACUCGAAAAAUACAUCCCCGUCCUGCUCGAGCACGAGGUCACGUUCAAGUCGUUCAUUCUGCUCAACGAAGAUGAUCUCAAGGACAUGGGGAUCCCGACCGGCCCGCGCAAGUCGCUGCUGGCCGCGAUCGAGGUGGUCAAGAAGCACUCGCCGUUCUCGCUGGCCAUUCCUUCGUCGUCGUCGCCGGCGACGACAGCGACGGCGAGCGGGCCUCGUUCGCCCCCGCGCAGCCCAUCGCUGUCGACGCCCGAGCGCAUACGACUCGAGGACCUCAAGCACCACGUCGACAAGAAACCGUCGAGCCCCCACAGCCCUUCUAAGGUGGCUGACGAGAGCGGCGGCGGCGGUGCACAGGACGUGGGCGCCGCCACGGGGACGGGACCACACGACCGAGUCGACAAAAGGCGACAGCAGCGAGGCAAAGAGCGAAUAACGCGAAAGCGAGAGAGCGAAAGCGGCGAGCACUUCACGAAGCGAAGGAGCAACAAGGAGCAGGAGGUAGUGGAGCAGGACGACGCGCACAUGCGCCUCGGCUCGGCGGGCGGCAGCCCCGGUCGACGACGCGCCCACUCCUCGCCGAUCAUGCCCGUCCAGCUGCUAAUCGACUCCUCCUCGAACCUCGCCACCCGCUCGCCACCAUCGCCGACCACCGCCGCGCGGGGCAAGCGCUUCGGAAUUAAAAACGCGCGCAAGUCGCUCGAGCGCCGCCUCCACAACCUCAUCUCUCCCGGGCGAGAGAGCGACGGCGACGGCGGAGACCUGGCGCAGCAGCAGCAGCACCCGCUGGGCCGGCACUCGGCGGGCGGCAAGAAGGACCGGUCCGCGCGGAGCAAGAAGGGCGUGCGACUGGCCACAUCGGACUCAACCACGCUGCUCUCCCAUUCGACGCCGUCCACGGCUCGGCUCAGCUACGCCGCGGCGAUGGCCUCGCCGCCGACCUCGCCGACGUCGGCUUCGUCUUCGUCGUCGUCGCCAUCAUCAUCGUCGCCUUCUAUGCCUCCGCUCUCACUUUCGCUCUAUCCGAAAACGGCCCAGGGGCUGUUUUCGUCAAUGUCUGUGCCGACCACGCCCACGAGCAGCUUGCCCAAGUCGCGCGCCACCGCAUCGUCGCCCUCGCUCGCACAGUACUCGUUCGCCUUGUCGCCCUUCCCGUCGCCGCUGGCGUCGCCCCUCACGUCGACCUCGCCGCGCGUGUCGCCCACCUCCUCGCCGCGCUCUUCGUCGAUGUCGUCGUCGCCCGCCUCGUCUCCCUACGCUUCGCCGCGGUUCGACCCGGAGACGCCCAGCAGCGUCGGCGGGCCGACCGUGCAGUUUGCCGUGGGCACUGCGGUGCCCCAGCUGCCGCCGCUGCACUACUCCGCCAUCAGCCCCUCGCCCUCGCCCUCCACCUCCGCUACCACACCAGCGAUCCCUUCCUGCUCUUCGUCUUUCUCUUCGGCAUCGGCGGCCGUGACGUCAGCGGCGUCAUCGUCGUCGACGUCGUCGCCUUCGAUUCCGGGCCUUCACCUUCAGCUCUCGUCACCUUCUUCGGCCAACGUAGGCGCCUCGUCGCCGCUGUCGCCCGGCUCCUACAGUCUCAUUCUCAGGGUGCAGAAAGAAGACAAGGACAAGGACGGUAGCGCCGCCGGCAACGGCUGCAACGGCAACGGGAGCAGCAUCGGCGGCGGCGGCGCUAGCAGCAGCAAGGCCGAGGCUCGGAGCGAGCUCAAGCGCGCGUCCACCCGCCUGCCGGUCCCCUCCACGCCGAGAGCCCACGGCACGGUGACGCCUCGCGCUUCGGUGGGAACGCCGACCCAGCGUCAGCCUUCGCCACGGCCGUCGUUGAGUUCGGUGGUGAGUGAGGCCAAGGACAGAAUGGACGAACCUUCGAAGACGCUCAGUUUCGACAACUUUGACAUCGUCGACAGCGGCAUGCAGUUCCAAACGAGAACGACUAAAGAGCGAUGGGAGAUCGAGCCCUCCGAGUUGGAGUUCAUUCGUGAGAUCGGCCAGGGCGCCUUUGGCGUCGUGUGGCUCGCCAAGUGGCGCAACAGCGAGGUGGUGGUCAAGAAGCUCUUCUCCGACCAACGGCUCUCACCCAAACAGCUCAAGGAGUUCAAGGGCGAGGCCAACAUCAUGCUGCGCCUGCGCCCCCACAAGAACAUUGUGCAGCUCAUGGGCGUGUGCCUCCACCCGGACAACCUGAGCCUGGUGGUGGAAUACGUGCCGCUGGGCGACCUCUGCUCGCUGCUGCGCCGGGAGCCGCUCUCGCUCUCAGUCAAGAUCCAGCUCCUCAUGGGCACCGCGGCCGCGCUGUGCCACCUUCACCAGGAGAACGUGGUCCACCGCGACCUCGCCGCCCGCAAUCUGCUGGUGACGCUGGCCAACGGCAACUACGAGGUCAAGGUGACCGACUUCGGGCUGUCGCGCAAGUCCAAGGGCACCUACGAGUCCUCGACCGGCUUCGGGCCGCUCAAGUGGAUGGCGCCCGAGUCGAUCCACCCCAAGACCAAGCUCUUCUCCAAGGCCAGCGACGUCUGGGCCUUUGGCGUCGUCAUCUGGGAGAUACUCAUGGACGGCGAGGAACCCUUUGCAGACAUGGAGUCCAUCGACGCCGGAAUGGCGAUAUUGAUGGGUGAACGCCUGGCGAUUCGGGAGGAGUGGCCACCGGAGCUGCAGUCGCUGAUGCACGAAUGCUGGGCGGUGGUGCUGAGCGAGCGCCCGGCCUUCGAGGACAUCUACAAGCGUCUCGAGACCGCGCUGCUGCGUCACCACGAGGAGGUCUCCGCCGGCAACACCGCCUCGCCCGUCACCAGCGUCUGCCCUACGACAACUACCCUGGCCUCUUCGUCCUCCGCCUUGUCCUCCACACCGACUACGGACAGCGAGAAACGACAGCGCCCUCCUUCCCCUUGA